ACGCAAGCAGCUUACUCCUGCCUGGGAUUACAUGGACCAAGGGAGAGUUUCUGUGAGCGAGGAUUGGACUGCGUCAGAGGACGUCAGGAUUCUAAUGGACUUGCAAACUGCCCAUCUCAUUACUAUUCAUAUCGAUAGGAGUGUAAAAUAAGAGGUUUUGGUGCCUGCUGCCGUCUAUAGAGAGCUCCCAGCUUCUUCAGACUGCUCCAGUCAACAGCUGUCAGCAAUAAGAUCCCCAGUUCCUUCUUCUUCACACUCAGUCCUUUGGGAGUAAUUGGGUAUACCAUGACCAAGGACCAAGGGAAAAGAGGAUGGGUCAAAGACUGUUUUAGAAAGCGCUCUUUGUAUGUCAUGGGCUGCGCCGUGGGGCUGUGCUUCAGUCUUGGCUACUUUUGGAGUAUGUCCAAUGAUACUUGCCAGGACACACCAGCCAAGAUCUUCAACAUAAUGAGAAAGAUUUACUCAAAGCCACAGAUUCUCAGGCCACCCAACCAUACCUGCCUCCUGGAGAACUUACUGGAAAUUGAGUUACCAAGAAUGAUUUACGCAAAGCCACAGGUUCUAAAGCCACCGAGAAAUGACGUCCUUAUGAUGACUCCAUGGUUUGCGCCAAUAGUUUGGGAAGGAACCUACAAUCUCGAGAUCCUGAAUGAGCAGUUCCGACAAAGGAAUGUCACUGUAGGACUGAUAAUUUUUGCGAUCAAAAA